AUGCAUAGAUUCUCUGAGGUUCGACCUGCGCACGACUUUGACUUCGCUGAAUUGGUGUCAAGAACUACUUACAAAUCACCCUUCACUGAAUGGAUCCAGAAUGAGCCGAAACCGAGAGACUUCGUGAUCCCUCCUCUGCCAGCCUUUAAAGGUAAGGAAAAUAUGCUUAGUCACUUGUUUCAGUUUCAACAGAAGAUGGCCUUAGAAGUAAACAAUGAAGUUAUACACUGCAAAGUGUACUCCACAACCUUUUCCGAACCGACCAUGUUAUGGUUCAGGCAACUCAAACCUGGUUUCGUCAAUAGCUUAUGUGACCUUCGUAGAGCCUUCUUACAACAAUACAAUGCUAACUGUGAGGCUCCAAGAACUAUGGCAGACCUCUAUCGAAUUGAGCAAGGAGAAAAUGAACACCCGAAGCCGUACCUACAAUGCUUUAUCGACUUGGUACACCAAAUUCAUUAUGUAGAACCAACGACCGCAACCAAUCUCUUUGUUAAAAGUUUGCAAGUGGGAUCUCUCUUACAUGAAAAUCUCACUAUGACCCCACCAUACGACAUGGCAGAAAUACAGGUCCGUGCCGAAGGAGUCUUUCGAGUUUUGGAGUGUCACGAGCGCGCCCAGAAGAAAACUGCUCUCAUCUCCAAACCACCACCAAACAAUCCCUCUUCUCCACCAAAGAGGGAGGACAAGAGAAAUAAACUUGAGUCAGAACCUUCGAAGGGGGGAAAGAGAUCAAGAAACAACUGUGAUUCCCCAAGAUUUUCUUCUUUCGAGUUCACUGUCCCACAGAAGGUCAUUUACGAAGAGAUUAAAGAUCGCCCAAUCUGGCGAGAACCCUACAAGAUCACAACUCCUCUGGAGAGAAAAGACAAAAACAAGUUCUGCAUCUUCCACAAAGAUCAUGGACAUACAAUCUCUGAAUGCCAAAACCUCCACAACCAAGUUCAGGCUCUUAUGAGAAACAGAAGAUUGACCUAG